ACUGCAAAACCAAACUGAAGCUAGCAUCGAUAAAUUUGGAAACAAGAACUGUCAAAAACGUUUUGGCAAGUCAAAUUCGUAUGUGUUGGCUUAAUUUACGGCAAAUAUUCACAUAAUCACGCACAUAAUUACAUUUUAUAAUGAGCCUUACAUUACGCAAAUACUCAUUAGAAUUUCUCUAAACAGAACCUACCUUUACGUCGCGUAACAACACGGUUCCUUUGUCUCGGGUUAUAUCACUAUGAAUUUUGGUCUCCAGAAAACGAAGUAGACACAAUUGCGAUUGAAUUGUUUAUGGAGAUUGUGAACAUGGAGGUGAGGGAGGCCGGGGAUGGCGCGGCAUCGGGAGAGUACGUGCCGGCGCCCGAGAAAAAGUACUCCUGGGCCGAGGUCCGUCAGGCCGUCCAUGACUUGCGAAAAGAGCUCUCCUCACUCUCCACGAUGGUCCCCAUGUCUAUAUCCUUCAGGAAACUCAGCAACGGCAAGAUGAGGAUCUACUUCUUGAGGACGCCGCAGAACGGGUGGGAGAUAACCUUGUUGUACGCUGAUGUUACUCCGUCCCCACAGCCUUGCACUGCCAAACUCCCCUGGCACCCAUUCAUAGAGUCCAACCUGGCACUCGGGGCCUCCGGCAAGUGGUCGCGCGAGGAACAGCUGCUAUGGGAGAGGCAGCGGGUGGCGGCCUGCGGGGUGGCCAGCUACGAGCUGCACCGGGAGAGCGGCAGGGUGCUGCUGUCAUGUGCCUCGAGCUUGCUGGUCGCCACACCGAACAAGGAGGAGCUGCAUCAGACGCCGCUAGUCCCGCGCGUGCUGCCCACCGGCGGGGGCGCGCCGCUCACCCCGGCCAUGUGUCCCCACGACCCCGCGCUGGUGGCGCACGCCGCGAGGGGGGACGUGUGGCUGUGCGCCGGGGGCACGCAUAGCCCUACUAGGCUUACGUACACAGAGGACCCGAGGCAGGCGGGCGUGCCGUGCUACGUCACCCAGGAGGAGUUCUCCCGCUACACGGGGUUCUGGUGGCAGCCCGUCAGAAACGACGACGUGUACCGGAUAGUGUACGAGGAGGUGGACGAGAGCGAGGUGAAGCUGUUCAGCUUCCCGUCCGCGCAGAGCAGCAGCGGCGACGUGGAGGAGUUCAGGUUCCCCCGCGCGGGCACGCCCAACGCCAAGUCCAUCCUGCGCAUGGCGACGUUCCGCCUGCAGCCGACGCCGCACCACGAAGGCGGGGACGCGAACUCAUCAGACUCCUCGACCGGCUGGCUCGAAGUCACAGACAUUCGAACCUGGGACCUUCGCCGCUCGCUGCAAGAAAGCUUCCCGUGGUUCGAGUACUUGGCCAGAGUGGGGUGGACGCCUGAUGGGAACUAUGUGUGGGUGCAACUCCUGGACCGCAAGCAGCAGCGUCUGGAACUCGUGCUGAUCCCGCUAGAACAGUUCAGCGAGGAGUUCCACUACGAGCACGCGCCGGCGACAGAGGGCGCUGGUGGGAGUGUGAAUGUGAAUUGUGUGGGAGACGGGGUGAGGAGCGAACAGGUGCUAAUAACAGAGACCGCCCCGAACGCGUGGAUCAACGUGCACGACAUCCUGCACUUCCUGCCUUCCCCGCCGGGGAUGAUGCGACUGCUGUGGGCUUCGGAGAGCACCGGGCAUUUGCACCUGUAUCUUUAUACCUGUAGAUUGAGGGAUAAUAGUAAUAUGAGUGAUACAGGCGUGGUUCAGAUGGUGACAGAAGAUUGCGGGUUGGCCUCAGACGUGGUGUCCCGCAGCGCCGUCACCGCCGGCGAGUGGGAGAUGCUCGGCCGACACAUCUGGGUGGACGAAACCCGCAAGCUAGUCUACUUCGUGGGCCUCCGCGAGACUCCAUUAGAGAAACACCUCUACGUGGCGUCCUACGACCCGCCGCAGCCUGACAAUGUGACCCUACUGACCACUGUGGGGCACAGUUGUACUGUGGAUAUGGAUGAGGACUGCACCUACGCCGUGAUAACCAGCUCCAACAUCAGCACCCUCCCCACUACCCGCGUGUGCCGCGUGCUGCAGCCGCCCGCGCUGCUGCUGCAGGCCACGCUGCUGGACAGCGCGCCAGAGUCUACGUCGUGCAGCUCGAACGGGUCGCGCGAGAGCUCGCGCUCCGCCGACGGCGACGACGACUGCAUAGAGACUAGUAGACUUAUUAAAGAAAACUCCCUCUCAGUGCUAGACAUCCCCCCUCCACAAAUCUACGCGUGUCGCCUCUCCUGCGGCGCCGUGGCCUACUGUACACUGUGGCGCGGCGCUCGGCCCGGGCGCCGGCCCACGGUCCUACAUGUGUAUGGAGGGCCCGAGGUGCAGACCGUCACUAAUAGCUAUAAGGGCAUCCGCCAGCUCCGCAUGCACAUGCUGGCGGCUCGCGGCUUCAGCGUCGUCUCCAUCGACUCCCGAGGCUCCAAGCACCGCGGCCGCGCCUGGGAGGCGGUCAUCCGCGGCAAGCUGGGCCAGCUCGAGCUGGACGACCAGGUGGAGGUGCUGCAGUGGCUUGCGAAGGAGACGGGCUGCAUCGACAUGGAACGCGUCGCCAUACACGGCUGGAGCUACGGCGGCUACCUAUCCCUGCUAGGCAUAGCGACCCGACCCAACACGUUUAAGCUGUGUAUAGCGGGCGCCCCCGUCACCUGCUGGCGACUGUAUGACACGGCUUAUACUGAGCGGUACAUGGGCGCGCCGCACGCCGCCCCGCACGCCUACGCACGGGCUAGCGUGCUCGCGCAUGCGCCCUUCUUCCCCGACCAGGAAGGCCGCCUCCUCAUCAUCCACGGUCUCGCGGACGAAAACGUGCACUUUUGUCACACGACGGCGCUGCUAGCGGAGCUGGUGCGUCUGGGCAAGCCACACCGCGUGCAGAUCUACCCUGGCGAGCGACACUCCCUCCGAGCUAUGCACGCGGCCAAGCACUACGAGGCGGCCUUACUGCACUUUCUACACGAAAACCUCUAAUAGAUAUACUAUAACCGGCUAUACUACUGGCUAUGAGCUAAUAGCCACACGAGCGUUGUUGUGUUAGCGAGU